GCAGCUGGGCCCCGGGGAGGCCAGGCUUUGAGGCGCUGGGGCCUAGCGCCCGCUGCGGCGGCUCAGGAGGGCCACAGGGCCCGCGCUCCCCCUCCUCCCUCGCUCUCUGCGGCCCCGCUUCGGCUCGCUUCCUCCGCCUCCGACCGCCAUGGCCUCCGCCGCCCGGGAGAGCGCGGGCUCCGGGCUCAGGCGGUCGCCACGGCUCCCGGCGCUGCGCGGGCUGCUGCUGCUGUGCUUGUGGCUGCCCAGCGGCCGCGCGGUGGGGUCGCCCUCCGCGCCGCUGUCCGAGCUGCACGCGCAGCUCUCGGGAGUGGAGCAGCUGCUGGAGGAGUUCCGCCGGCAGCUGCAGCAGGAACGGCCGCAGGAGGCGCUGGAGCUGGAACUGCGCGCGGGCGGCGGCCCCCAGGAAGGCUGCCCAGGCGGCGGCGGCGGCUACAGCGCCAUGCCGGACGCCAUCAUCCGCACCAAGGACUCCAUCGCGGCCGGCGCCAGUUUCCUGAGCGCGCCGGCUGCCGUGCGGGACUGGCGGCAGUGCCUGGAGGCCUGCUGCCUCGAGCCGCGCUGCUCCGUGGCCGUGGUGGAGCUGCCCCGCCGGCCCGCGCCUCGGGUCGCCGCGCUCGGCUGCUACCUCUUCAACUGCACGGCGCGCGGCCGCAGCGUCUGCAAGUUCGCACUGCACCGCGGCUACAGCAGCUACAGCCUCAGCCGCGCCCCAGAGGGCGAGCAAGAAGGCCUGGAAGCUGGCGCCCCGGCCACCGCCCGGGCCUCGCCGCGGCCGGGUAAGCACGCCCCUGGAGGCCGGGGCCGGGCCACUUGGGUCCUGCUGUCGCUGCCCUUGCACCUGUUGGUGGCUGCAUCUGGGAGACCCGCCUAGGCAGGGCCGCUGGGCCCUUCGCAGUCAAGUCAGAAAUGAAACACUCUCGAUCCAAGUUAACGUAACUUAGUUGCGGGCACCCAGAAGAGUGGCUUUGAUUUCCCAGUCCUUGGGAUGGUUUCUGAGAAAGCCCAGUAGAUGAGCAGAAGCGGGCACGAUGGGCUGCUUGUGGAAUUUUUCUAAGCUUAGGGAGGAAUGCUUAUCUGAAAGGAUUCGCAGAAAUUCGAUUUAAUGGAGGAGAAAAGUUCAGGGAGAAAAAAGUCUAUUUUAAUCUCAGAGGUUCUUAUGAGGAAGGCAUGGUUUGUGUCAGGUAGUUACAAGGGCAAAAUCUAAUUAGCUGCCGGAUUGCUCAUAGCCGCACCCUUAUUUCCUAGCUUGGCUCUCAGGAUUCAUGAUUCCACCUAAAGUUGCUUUCAGCAGAUAAAAAUAGGAAGAGAAAUGUGUCAGGUUAUUUUGAAGUGGGUCCAACUGAUUCCCAUAAGCUAUGGUUCUCUUUUUUAAAGAGGGAAAAGAAGGGACUUGAUUUGUUGAAAACAAAGUUUAAGGCACCUCUCUUUUGAAAAGGAGCUAUAAAUGAUGCUUUUCAUUUGAUGGUUUUACUUUCUGGGGUUGCUCAGAAUGAGAAGACCCAAACAGGGGGCAAAAAAAAAAAAAAAAAAAAUUGUAGCAGUUGGAGAUUAAGGUCCCUGAGGGAAUAAAACCUUGCUUGGGCCAAGCUGUGGUCGGCUCCGUGUGUUUGAUUGCACCCUGUUGCUGUUUGCUUUAUGAUAACAUGAGUGAAACCAUAGCAAGAUUAGAGAGGCGUAGGCUCUGGAGUCUUCAUGACCUUCACGUCCAAAGAGAAGGGUCUGGAAAUCUGUGUCCACAAUGGCCCACCUCCCUUCCCACCUCCAGGGGAAUAAACAUCAAAGGUCACCCUGCAACUGCUCAGCCUUGAGGCAGACACUGGGAAGGACCCCAGAGUUUUCUCCCUGAAGUGGAGGCAGGAGGCACUUUCACCUGGACCCUCACCAGCAUCUCUGAGCCCGCCCAUGGGUGUUACACACACAUCUGUCCUCUGCCCAAGCAGGGACUCAAAGAUCCCAGCACCAAAGAAACAAAAUCCCUUUCCCUUUUUCUCACUGCACAUCUGGAAGAAACCAACAUUGCCAAGGAGAGCUUUCUUAUAAGCCAGGGGAAACCAAAGGAAAUUAAACAAGGAAAGA